AUGCAAGUGACUUCCUUACUCCGAUACUCUGGAGUCUGCCCUUUCUUGGGUCACUCCACAGCUGGAUCGCUCCGAUCGAUGGCGUCCACCAACGUAUCUUCAAACGUAUCCUCCCUCACCGCGAAAGCGAUGACCUGUCCUAUGAUGGGUCCCAAAUUAGCAUCCAUCUCACAAGCUAGAACUUAUGCUUCCGUAGCUGGCAACAGAGAAGUCGAGGAGAUGCAUAAGCAAAAGAACGUUCAGUUCAACAAUGCUGAAGCUGCUAAAUGCCCACAUGCUAAAGCCGCUCAACAAGCUGCUUCAGAUGUAAAAGAGACAGCUAGAUCGUCUGGUAGAUUUGAUUAUCAGAAGUUCUAUGAUGCUGAACUGCAAAAGAAACACAAAGACAAAUCCUACCGAUACUUCAAUAACAUCAAUCGACUUGCCGCUAAAUUUACUAUGGCUCAUACAUCCAGUGUCAAAGAUGAAGUCAAUGUUUGGUGCGCAAACGAUUACCUCGGUAUGAGUAAGAAUCCAGUUGUACUUGGAACAAUGAAACGUACACUUGAUCGGUAUGGUGCUGGUGCAGGUGGUACUCGUAAUAUCGCUGGUAACGGUGCCCUUCACUUAUCACUUGAAGACGAGUUAGCUUCUCUUCAUCGGAAACAAGCCGCUUUGGUCUUUUCCUCUUGUUACGUCGCCAACGAUGCUUGUCUCGCCACGAUCGGAGCGAAAUUACCUGGUUGUGUGAUUUUCUCCGAUUCCUCAAAUCACGCCUCGAUGAUUCAAGGUAUCCGACAUUCUGGAGCUAAGAAAGUCAUUUUCAAGCAUAACGAUCUGGCCGAUCUAGAAGCUAAACUUCAAGCUGUACCCAAAGAAACACCCAAAUUGAUCGCUUUUGAAAGUGUUUAUUCCAUGUGUGGAUCAGUUGCUCCCAUUGAAGCGAUUUGUGAUCUUGCCGAUAAAUACGGUGCAAUCACUUUCCUCGAUGAAGUUCACGCUGUAGGAAUGUAUGGUCCCAACGGUGCUGGUGUUGCCGAGCAUUUGGAUUAUGAACCUCAUCUUUCCACUCGACUUUCAUCCGAACCGGUAAAAGGAAGUGUAAUGGACCGAAUCGACAUCAUUACUGGAACUCUUGGUAAAGCUUAUGGAGUAGUUGGUGGAUAUAUCGCUGGAUCAUCUGAUUUAGUCGAUGUUGUUAGAUCUUACGCUCCUGGAUUCAUCUUUACAACUUCUCUUCCACCCGCUGUAGUAGCAGGUGCUCAAGCUUCUAUCGCUUAUCAAAGGGAAUACAAAGGUGAUAGAAGAUUACAACAACUCAACACCAGAGAAGUCAAGAGACAAUUGCACAACCUUGAUAUCCCAGUUGUACCAAACCCAUCACACAUCAUUCCAGUUCUAGUUGGAGAUGCGGCUUUGGCUAAAGAGGCGUCGGACAUGUUAUUGUCCAAACAUCAAAUCUACGUACAAUCAAUCAACUACCCAACUGUAGCAGUCGGAGAAGAGAGGUUAAGAAUCACACCUACUCCAGGUCAUUCAACCGAACAAAUCGCUCAUCUAGUCGAAUCAAUCGAUAGCGUAUUCAAGAAACUAUCUCUCAAGAGAAUUAGUGAUUGGCAAGCUGUUGGUGGUAGAGCCGGAGUAGGAAUCAAAGAUGCUGUUCCAGUUGAACCUGUUUGGUCAGACAAACAAUUAGGUUUAGAUGACGGUUCAGCUCCUACUAGGUUGACUGGAGGUGCCAAAGGUGUGGUCAGAGACGAAGCUGUUGAAGUAGCCCAAAAGAGAUUAACUCAUCUCUUGGGUGCAGAUGCUGGUCCUGCUUUAGCUUCCAUCUCCUACAAGUAA